AUGCAGCGCUCGCGGGGACGGGAGCAGGGACGCUGCGGCUGCCCGGCAGGGAGGGCUCACGGCGGAACCGGGAUUUCGGCGCUCGUGCUGGACGCGGGGAGCAGCUGGGGCCGCCCGCCGCCGCCAACGCCGCCGCCGCUACCGCUGCCGCUGCCGCUGCUGCUGCUGCUGGGCUGGGGACUGCUCAGCACCUCCGCCGCCGCGGGCCAGAACUGUACGUUCCAACUGCAAGGUCCCAAUGGGACAGUGGAGAGCCCAGGGUUCCCUUAUGGUUAUCCCAAUUAUGCCAACUGCACGUGGACCAUCACCGCGGAGGACCAGCACAGGAUCCAGCUCGUGUUCCAGUCCUUUGCCCUGGAGGAGGACUUUGAUGUCCUGUCGGUGUUUGAUGGCCCGCCUCAACCAGAGAACCUUCGAACAAGUUCCACUGGCCAGAUCUUCCCCCUUGAACCCCCACCUGACAGCUACGAUGCCUCCCCAACAGAUGAGCCACUUCCUCCUGUCUGUCAAGGCCUGCCUUCCUCCAAAGGAGCCUCCAGCUCUGGCCCAAAUCAGUCCCUCCUGUCCUCCCCCACUGCCAAAGCACUAAUUAGCACCCCUGGCAUUAUGGACUCCAGUUUCUUCAUCCUGAAAAACACUGAUUAUGGUCCUUUUGGGCAUACCUGUCAGGCUUUCUGGGAGCUUCCAGAAAGCAUGAACCAUGACUCUGUGACCACUGCAGACUUAGCACCUGGUCCAGAAUCUGAUAAGUGGUUCAAGAGCAAUGAUGAGGAGUCGUUCACCUUUGCCCGCAUGCUGAUCGCACAGGAAGGGCUGCUGUGUGUUCUCCCCAGCCACACGUGUGGGAACCCAGGGAGGCUGCCCAAUGGUAUCCAGCAAGGCUCCACCUUCAACCUCGGCGACAAGGUCCGCUACAGCUGCAACCCCGGCUUCUUCCUGGAGGGCCAUGCGGUGCUCACCUGCCAUGCUGGUUCCGAGAACAGCGCCACAUGGGACUUCCCUCUGCCCUCCUGCAGAGCGGAUGAUGCCUGUGGUGGGACGCUGCGGGGCCAGAGUGGCAUCAUCUCCAGCCCCCACUUUCCUGCUGAGUACCACAACAAUGCUGACUGCACAUGGACCAUCCUGGCUGAGCUAGGGGACACCAUCGCCUUGGUCUUCAUUGACUUCCAGCUGGAAGAUGGCUAUGACUUCCUGGAGGUCACAGGGACCGAAGGCUCCUCCCUCUGGUUCACCGGAGCCAGCCUCCCAGCCCCUGUCAUCAGCAGCAAGAACUGGCUGCGGCUGCACUUCACAUCAGAUGGCAACCACAGGCAGCGCGGCUUCAGCGCCCAGUACCAAGUCAAGAAGCAGAUUGAACUGAAGUCUCGAGGUGUGAAGCUGAUGCCCAGCAAAGAUAACCAGAAGACGUCUGUGUUAACUCAGGUUGGUGUGUCCCAAGGACAUAAUAUGUGUCCAGACCCUGGCAUACCUGAAAGGGGCAAAAGACUAGGCUCGGACUUCAGGUUAGGAUCCAGCGUCCAGUUCACCUGCAGUGAGGGCUAUGACCUGCAAGGGUCCAAGCGGAUCACCUGCAUGAAAGUGAGCGACAUGUUUGCGGCCUGGAGUGACCACAGGCCAGUCUGCCGAGCCCGCAUGUGUGAUGCCCACCUCCGAGGCCCCUCGGGCAUCAUCACCUCUCCCAAUUUCCCCAUUCAGUAUGACAACAAUGCACACUGUGUGUGGAUCAUCACAGCACUCAACCCUGCCAAGGUGAUCAAACUGGCCUUUGAGGAGUUCGAUUUGGAAAGGGGCUAUGACACCCUGACGGUCGGGGACGGUGGGCAAGAUGGGGACCAGAAGACAGUUCUCUACAUCCUGACAGGGAACUCGGUCCCAGAUCUCAUCGUCAGCACCCACCAUCAAAUGUGGCUCCUCUUCCAGACCGACGGCAGUGGUAGCUCCCUAGGAUUCAAGGCUUCCUACGAAGAAAUCGAGCAGGGCAGUUGCGGGGACCCCGGCAUACCUGCCUAUGGCCGGAGAGAAGGUUCUCGCUUUCGCCAUGGUGACACACUCAAGUUUGAAUGCCAGCCUGCCUUUGAGCUGGUGGGGCAGAAGGCAAUCACAUGCCAAAAGAAUAACCAAUGGUCAGCUAAGAAGCCAGGCUGCGUGUUUUCCUGCUUCUUCAACUUCACCAGCCCUUCUGGAAUCGUCCUGUCUCCCAACUACCCCGAGGACUACGGCAACCACCUUCACUGCGUCUGGCUUAUCCUGGCCCGGCCCGAGAGCCGCAUCCACCUGGCCUUCAAUGACAUUGAUGUGGAACCUCAGUUUGAUUUCCUAGUUAUCAAAGAUGGAGCCACCGCCGAGGCCCCAGUCCUUGGCACCUUCUCAGGAAACCAGCUCCCCUCCUCCAUCACCAGCAGUGGCCAUGUGGCCCGUCUCGAGUUUCAGACAGAUCACUCUACGGGAAAGAGAGGCUUCAACAUCACCUUUACCACCUUCAGACACAAUGAGUGCCCUGAUCCUGGCGUUCCAGUUAACGGCAAGCGGUUUGGUGACAGCCUGCAGCUGGGCAGUUCCAUCUCCUUCCUAUGUGAUGAAGGCUUUCUGGGAACACAGGGCUCUGAGACUAUCACCUGUGUUCUGAAGGAGGGCAGCGUGGUGUGGAACAGUGCUGUGCUCCGAUGUGAAGCUCCCUGUGGUGGACACCUGACUUCACCUAGCGGUACCAUCCUGUCUCCAGGCUGGCCUGGCUUCUACAAGGAUGCCCUGAGCUGUGCCUGGGUGAUCGAAGCCCAGCCUGGAUACCCCAUCAAAAUCACUUUUGACAGGUUUAAAACUGAGGUCAACUAUGACACCCUGGAAGUGAGAGAUGGACGGACAUACUCGGCACCUUUGAUUGGAGUUUACCACGGAACCCAGGUCCCGCAGUUCCUUAUCAGCACCAGCAACUACCUCUACCUCCUCUUCUCUACUGAUAAGAGUCACUCAGACAUCGGCUUCCAGCUCCGCUAUGAGACUAUCACACUGCAGUCAGAUCACUGUCUGGAUCCAGGGAUUCCCGUCAAUGGACAGCGUCAUGGGAAUGACUUCUAUGUGGGCGCUCUGGUGACAUUCAGCUGUGACUCAGGCUACACCUUAAGUGAUGGAGAGCCCCUGGAGUGUGAGCCCAAUUUCCAGUGGAGCCGGGCCCUACCCAGCUGUGAAGCUCUCUGUGGUGGCUUCAUUCAAGGCUCCAGUGGCACCAUCUUGUCACCAGGGUUCCCUGACUUCUACCCCAACAACUUGAACUGCACCUGGAUUAUUGAGACAUCGCAUGGCAAGGGUGUGUUCUUUACUUUCCACACCUUCCACCUGGAGAGCGGCCAUGACUACCUUCUCAUCACCGAGAACGGCAGCUUCUCCCAGCCCCUGAGGCAGCUGACCGGCUCGCGGCUGCCAGCACCCAUCAGUGCCGGGCUCUAUGGCAACUUCACCGCUCAGGUCCGCUUCAUCUCUGAUUUCUCCAUGUCCUAUGAAGGAUUCAACAUCACCUUCUCAGAGUACAACUUGGAACCCUGUGAGGAGCCCGAGGUCCCCGCCUAUAGCAUCCGGAAAGGCUUACAGUUUGGCGUAGGCGACACCUUAACCUUCUCCUGCUUCCCCGGGUACCGGCUGGAGGGCACGGCCCGCAUCACGUGCCUGGGGGGCAGACGGCGCCUGUGGAGCUCGCCUCUGCCAAGGUGUGUUGCCGAGUGUGGGAAUUCAGUCACAGGCACUCAGGGUACUCUGCUGUCCCCCAACUUCCCUGUGAACUACAGUAACAAUCACGAAUGCAUCUACUCCAUCCAGACCCAGCCAGGGAAGGGGAUCCAGCUUAAAGCCAAGGCAUUCGAGCUGUCUGAAGGAGACGUCCUGAAGGUCUACGAUGGUACCAACAACUCCGCCCGUUUGCUGGGGGUCUUCAGCCGCUCUGAGAUGUUGGGGGUGAUUUUGAACAGCACAUCCAGCAGCCUGUGGCUGGACUUCAUCACUGAUGCCGAAAACACCAGCAAGGGCUUUGAACUGCACUUUUCUAGUUUUGAGCUCAUCCGAUGUGAGGACCCAGGGACCCCACAGUUUGGCUACAAGGUUCACGAUGGGGGUCAUUUUGCAGGGAGUUCUGUGACCUUCAACUGCGACCCUGGCUACAGCCUGCGGGGCAGUGAGGAGCUGCUGUGUCUGAGCGGCGAGCGUAGGACCUGGGACCGGCCACUGCCCACCUGUGUCGCCGAGUGCGGAGGGACAGUGAGAGGAGAGGUGUCAGGGCAGGUGCUGUCGCCUGGGUACCCGGCUCCCUAUGAACACAAUCUCAACUGCAUCUGGACCAUCGAGGCAGAUGCCGGCUGCACCAUUGGGCUCCAUUUCCUGGUGUUCGACACAGAGGAGGUCCAUGAUGUGCUACGCAUCUGGGACGGGCCUGUGGAGAGUGGGGUCCUGCUCAAGGAACUGAGUGGCCCCAUGCUGCCCAAGGACCUGCACAGCACCUUCAACUCGGUCGUCCUGCAGUUCAGCACUGACUUCUUCACCAGCAAGCAGGGCUUUGCUAUUCAGUUCGCAGUGUCCACAGCAACUUCCUGCAAUGACCCCGGGGUCCCUCAGAAUGGGAGCCGAAGUGGCGACAGCUGGGAAGCCGGCGAUUCCACCGUGUUCCAGUGCGACCCAGGCUAUGCACUGCAGGGAAGUGCAGAGAUCAGCUGCGUGAGGAUCGAAAACAGAUUCUUCUGGCAGCCCAGCCCACCCACGUGCAUCGCUCCCUGUGGAGGAGACCUGACUGGACCAUCAGGAGUCAUCCUGUCACCAAACUACCCAGAGCCCUAUCCGCCAGGCAAGGAAUGUGACUGGAAAGUGACCGUCUCACCAGACUACGUCAUCGCCCUGGUAUUUAACAUCUUCAACCUGGAGCCUGGCUAUGACUUCCUCCAUAUCUACGAUGGACGGGACUCUCUCAGCCCUCUCAUAGGGAGCUUCUAUGGCUCCCAGCUCCCUGGCCGCAUUGAAAGCAGCAGCAACAGCCUCUUCCUCGCCUUCCGCAGUGAUGCAUCUGUGAGCAAUGCUGGCUUCGUUAUUGACUACACAGAAAACCCACGAGAGUCAUGUUUUGACCCUGGUUCCAUCAAGAAUGGCACUCGAGUGGGCUCCGACUUGAAGCUGGGCUCCUCCAUCACCUACUACUGCCAUGGGGGCUAUGAGGUUCAGGGUGUCUCCACUCUGAGCUGUAUCCUGGGGCCUGAUGGGAAACCAGUGUGGAACAACCCAAGGCCAAUUUGCACAGCUCCCUGUGGUGGACAGUAUGUGGGUUCAGAUGGAGUGGUCUUGUCCCCAAACUACCCCCAGAACUACACCAGCGGACAGAUCUGCUUGUAUUUUGUCACCGUGCCCAAGGACUAUGUGGUGUUUGGCCAGUUUGCCUUCUUCCACACGGCCCUCAACGACGUGGUGGAGGUACAUGACGGCCACAGCCAGCACUCCCGACUCCUCAGCUCGCUCUCAGGCUCCCACACAGGAGAGUCACUGCCCUUGGCCACCUCCAAUCAAGUUCUCAUUAAGUUUAGUGCCAAAGGCCAAGCACCAGCCAGGGGUUUCCACUUUGUCUACCAAGCGGUUCCUCGAACCAGUGCCACACAGUGCAGCUCUGUGCCUGAACCCCGUUAUGGCAAGAGACUGGGCAGUGACUUCUCGGUGGGGGCCAUCGUCCGCUUUGAAUGCAACUCUGGCUAUGCCCUGCAAGGGUCCCCAGAAAUCGAAUGUCUCCCUGUGCCUGGAGCCUUGGCACAGUGGAAUGUCUCUGCACCAACCUGUGUGGUGCCCUGUGGUGGCAACCUCACUGAGCGCAGGGGCACCAUCCUGUCCCCUGGCUUCCCAGAGCCCUACCUCAACAGCCUCAACUGUGUAUGGAAGAUCAUGGUCCCCGAAGGUGCUGGCAUCCAGAUUCAAGUCAUCAGUUUUGUCACAGAGCAGAAUUGGGACUCCCUGGAAGUGUUUGAUGGAGCCGAUAACACUGUAACCAUGCUGGGGAGUUUCUCAGGAACAACCGUGCCUGCCCUUCUGAACAGCACCUCCAAUCAGCUCUACCUCCACUUCUACUCCGACAUCAGCGUGUCUGCGGCUGGCUUCCACUUGGAGUACAAAACUGUGGGUCUGAGCAGUUGUCCUGAACCAGCCGUACCAAGUAACGGGGUGAAGACCGGCGAGCGCUACUUGGUGAAUGAUGUGGUCUCUUUCCAGUGUGAGCCAGGAUAUGCCCUCCAGGGCCACGCCCAUAUUUCCUGCAUGCCAGGGACCGUGAGACGAUGGAACUACCCUCCUCCACUCUGUAUUGCGCAGUGCGGGGGAGCAGUGGAAGAAAUGGAGGGGGUGAUCCUGAGCCCCGGCUUCCCAGGCAACUACCCUAGUAACAUGGACUGCUCCUGGAAGAUCGUGCUGCCGGUGGGCUUUGGAGCUCACAUCCAGUUCUUGAACUUCUCAACGGAACCCAACCAUGACUUCAUAGAAAUCCGGAGUGGCCCCUCUGAGACCAGCCGCAUGAUGGGCAGGUUCAGUGGAAGUGAACUUCCGGGCUCCCUGCUCUCCACAUCCCACGAGACUAUUGUGUACUUCCACAGUGACCACUCCCAGAACCGACCAGGAUUCAAGCUGGAGUACCAGGCUUAUGAACUUCAAGAAUGCCCAGACCCAGAGCCCUUUGCCAAUGGCAUAGUGAGAGGAGCCGGCUAUAACGUUGGACAAUCAGUGACCUUUGAGUGCCUUCCAGGUUAUCAACUGACUGGACACCCGGUCCUCACAUGUCUACAUGGCACCAACCGAAAUUGGGACCACCCCCUGCCCAGGUGUGAAGUCCCCUGUGGUGGGAACAUCUCUUCUUUCAAUGGCACUGUGUACUCCCCUGGGUACCCCAGUCCCUACUCCAGCUUGCAGGACUGUGUCUGGCUGAUCACUGUGCCCAUUGGCCAUGGUGUCCACCUCAACCUUAGCCUGCUGCAGAUGGAGCCCAUCGGAGACUACAUCACUGUCUGGGACGGACCACAGCAGACAUCUCUCCAGCUCGGCGUCUUCACUAGGAGCCUGGCCAAGAAAAUAGCAUACAGCUCUUCCAACCAGGUCCUGCUCAAGUUCCACCGGGACACGGCGACGGGUGGGAUCUUCACCAUUGCCUUCUCGGCCUAUCCACUCACCAAGUGUCCUCCCCCAACCAUCCUCCCCAAUGCCGAAGUGGUCACGGAGAAUGAAGAAUUCAACAUAGGUGACAUCGUCCGCUACAGGUGUCUUCCUGGCUUUACCUUAGUGGGUAGUGAAAUCCUGACCUGCAAACUGGGAACGUACCUACAGUUUGAAGGCCCGCCCCCAAUAUGCGAAGUUCACUGCCCAACAAAUGAGCUUCUGACAGACUCCACAGGAGUGAUCCUCAGCCAGAGCUACCCUGGAAGCUAUCCACAGUUCCAAACAUGCUCUUGGCUGGUGAGGGUGGAGCCGGAGUACAACAUCUCCAUCACAGUGGAGUACUUCCUCAGUGAGAAGCAGUACGAUGAGUUUGAGAUCUUUGACGGUCCCUCAGGACAAAGUCCUCUGCUGAAAGCACUCAGUGGAAAUUACUCGGCACCCUUGAUUGUCACCAGCUCAAGCAACUCGGUGUACCUGCGUUGGUCAUCUGACCACGCCUAUAAUCGGAAAGGCUUUAAGAUCCGGUAUUCAGCUCCUUACUGCAGCCUGCCCAGAGCUCCACUCCGUGGCUUCAUCCUGGGCCAGACCACCACCCAGCCAGGUGGUUCUAUCCACUUUGGCUGCGAUGCAGGUUAUCGAUUGGUGGGACACAGCAUGGCCAUCUGUACUCGGCACCCCCAGGGCUACCACUUGUGGAGCGAGGCCAUUCCUCUCUGUCAAGCUCUUUCCUGCGGCCUUCCUGAUGCACCCAAAAAUGGAGUGGUGUUUGGCAAGGAGUACACGGUGGGGACCAAGGCUGUAUACAGCUGCAGUGAAGGCUACCACCUCCAGACAGGUGCCGAGACCACUGCCGAGUGCCUGGACACGGGCCUGUGGAGCAACCGCAAUGUCCCCCCACAAUGUGUCCCUGUGACCUGUCCCGAUGUCAGCAGCAUCAGUGUGGAGCAUGGCCGUUGGAGGCUCAUUUCUGAGACCCAGUACCAGUUCCAGGCUCAGCUGAUGCUCAUUUGUGAUCCUGGGUACUACUACACCGGCCAGAGGGUCAUCCGCUGCCAGGCCAAUGGCAGAUGGAGCCUGGGGGACUCUAUGCCUACCUGCCAAAUCAUCUCCUGUGGAGAGCUCCCCACACCCCCAAGUGGACACCGCAUUGGAACGAUGUCUGUCUAUGGGGCGACCGCCAUCUUCUCCUGCAAUUCUGGAUACACGCUGGUGGGCUCCAGGGUGCGGGAGUGCAUGGCCAGUGGGCUCUGGAGCGGAUCUGAAGUUCGCUGCCUUGCUGGGCACUGUGGGACUCCUGAGCCCAUUGUCAAUGGGCACAUCAACGGGGAGAACUACAACUACCGGGGCAGCGUGGUGUACCAGUGCAGCGCCGGCUUCCGCCUGAUCGGCAUGUCUGUGCGCAUCUGCCAGCAGGAUCAUCACUGGUCGGGCAAGACCCCGUUCUGUGUGCCAAUCACCUGUGGACACCCAGGCAACCCAGUCAAUGGCCUCACUCAGGGAAGCCAGUUCAACCUCAAUGACGUGGUCAAGUUUGUUUGCAACCCAGGGUACAUAGCCGAGGGGGCUGCUAGGUCCCAGUGCCUGGCCAAUGGGCAAUGGAGUGACACGCUCCCCACCUGCAGAAUCAUCAACUGUACGGAUCCCGGCCACCAAGAGAACAGCGUCCGACAGGUCCAUGCGAGCGGUCCCCACAGGUUCAGCUUUGGGACCACCGUGUCCUACCAGUGCAACCACGGCUUCUACCUCCUGGGCACUCCUGUGCUCAGCUGCCAGGGAGAUGGCACCUGGGACCGACCCCGCCCACAGUGUCUCUUGGUAUCCUGUGGCCAUCCAGGCUCCCCGCCUCAUGCCCAGAUGUCUGGAGACAGCUAUACUGUGGGGGCAGUCGUGCGUUACAGCUGCACCGGCAAGCAGACUCUGGUGGGAAAUGCCACUCGCAUGUGUGGGCUGGAUGGACACUGGACUGGCUCCCUCCCCCACUGCUCAGGAACCAGUACAGGACUUUGUGGUGACCCAGGGAUCCCAGCCCACGGCAUCCGUCUAGGAGACAGCUUUGCCCCUGGCAGUCUGAUGCGCUUCAGCUGUGAAGCUGGUCACGUGCUCAGGGGAUCUUCAGAGCGAACAUGCCAAGCCAAUGGCUCGUGGAGUGGCUCCCAGCCUGAGUGUGGAGUGAUCUCCUGUGGGAACCCGGGGACCCCAAGCAAUGCCCGAGUCGUGUUCAGCGACGGCCUGGUUUUCUCCAGCUCCAUCGUCUAUGAAUGUCGAGAAGGCUACUAUGCCACAGGGCUGCUCAGCCGACACUGCUCGGUCAAUGGCACCUGGACAGGCAGCGACCCUGAGUGCACAGUCAUAAACUGUGGUGACCCUGGGAUUCCAGCCAAUGGUCUCCGGCUAGGCAAUGACUUCAGGUACAACAAAACGGUGACAUACCAGUGUGUCCCUGGCUACACGAUGGAGUCACACAGAGUAUCCGUGCUCAGCUGCACCAAGGACCGGACAUGGAAUGCUACCAAACCAGUCUGCAAAGCUAUCAUGUGCAAGCCUCCUCAGCUCGUUCCCAAUGGGAAAGUGGUAGGAUCUGACUUCACGUGGGGCUCAAGUGUGACUUACGCCUGCCUGGAGGGGUACCAGCUCUCUUUGCCUGCAGUGCUCACUUGUGAGGGGAAUGGAUCUUGGACCGGAGAGCUGCCUCAGUGCUUCCCUGUAUUCUGUGGAGAUCCCGGGGUCCCACCCCGAGGGAAGAGAGAGGACCGGGGCUUCUCCUACAGGUCAUCCGUGUCCUACUCCUGUCAUCCCCCUCUGGUGCUGGUGGGCUCCCCGAGGAGGUUUUGCCAGUCGGAUGGGACGUGGAGCGGCACACAGCCAAGCUGCAUAGACCCCACGCUGACCACGUGUGCGGACCCCGGCAUGCCGCAGUUUGGGAUACAGAACAACUCCCAGGGCUACCAGGUUGGAAGCACAGUGCUUUUCCGUUGUCAGAAAGGUUACCUGCUUCAGGGCUCCACCACCAGGACCUGCCUCCCCAAUCUGACCUGGAGUGGAACCCCACCCGACUGUGUCCCCCACCACUGUAAGCAGCCAGAGACACCCACACACGCCAACGUGGGGGCACUGGACCUGCCGUCCAUGGGCUAUACACUCAUCUACUCCUGUCAAGAAGGUUUCUCCCUCAAGGGUGGCUCCGAGCACCGCACUUGCAAAGCUGAUGGCAGCUGGACCGGCAAACCACCUGUCUGCCUGGAGGUCCGGCCCAGCGGGAGACCCAUCAACACUGCCCGAGACCCUCCAAUCACGCAAGCCUCGGUUCCAGGGGAUGUUUUCGCCAAGAACUCCCUGUGGAAAGGGGCCUAUGAGUACCAGGGGAAGAAGCAGCCAGCCAUGCUCAGAGUGACGGGCUUCCAGGUUGCCAACAGCAAGGUCAAUGCCACCAUGAUCGACCACAGUGGGGUGGAGCUGCACCUGGCUGGAAAUUACAAGAAAGAAGAUUUCCAUCUCCUGCUCCAGGUCUACCAAAUUACAGGGCCUGUGGAGAUCUUCGUGAACAAGUUCAAAGACGAUCAGUGGGCUUUAGAUGGCCAUGUCUCCUCGGAGUCUUCUGGAGGUACCUUCGUCUACCAAGGCUCCGUCAAGGGCCAAGGCUUUGGGCAGUUUGGCUUUCAAAGACUUGACCUGAGGCUGUUGGAGUCAGACCCGGAGUCCAUCGGCCGCCAUUUUGCUUCCAACAGCAGCUCAGUGGCUGCCGCCAUCCUGGUGCCUUUCAUCGCCCUCAUCAUCGCGGGCUUCGUGCUCUAUCUCUAUAAGCACAGGAGAAGACCCAAAGUUCCAUUCAAUGGCUAUGCCGGCCACGAGAACACAAACGUUCGGGCCACAUUUGAAAACCCCAUGUAUGACCGUAACAUCCAGCCCACAGACAUCAUGAGCAACGAGGCGGAGUUCACAGUCAGCACAGUGUGUACUGCGGUAUAGCCCCCAGGCCUGGCUGCCACUGCUGCUGCCACCGAGAGCCCCGCCGCCAGCAGCCGCUCCGUGGGGGGGGCAGGCAGGAGCUCCCCUGAGCACAGCGCCCAGUGCCCAUCUUCGUCUGUCUCUCCGCCUGCGUCUGCCACGGCUGGGACUCAGGCCCUCGCCUGCCCUGCCACCAUCUGUGCCCGCCACCCUGGAGAGGACUCUACUAUGCCCUGGCUUGGGACAGUCAAGGAAGAGAGGCUGCAGAUGGAGUAAAGUGGUUUAUGGAUUUAAAAUGGCAAAGCUGUUCAUUGCGUCCUAAGGAAGAAACCACAGAGGCUUAGAAAAGGGAAGCGUGUUGCGAAAGAUGUCCCAGGCCCUGGUCUCCACAAACACAGAAGGAACGAUGAGGAAGGCACCGUGCCCUCUCACAUCAACAUGUCCCCAUCCAUGUGUGAGGACACACGUAAACACAUUCAUAGGAUGCAUCCCAGCUGUCUGCAGGGGAUCAAUAGAAGUCAGCAGCCUUAUGUAGAGAGCAGGGGGGAUGUCUUCAGAAUUAGUUUGGUAAUCAGUUUCUUUGAUUUCAUUUUUCAACUGUGGUUGUACUGAGUUCUGAGCCCAGCCGAUUAAAAGUGCCCUGGGCAGCUUUGGAAAGAAAGGGUAAGCCAGUGGGGGAUAGAGCAGGAAUGUGGCCCAGGAGCCCAGAGUCACGUCUGCCUGUCAGCUGGCCAAGAGAGGAGAAAACACCUCUGUGGUCCAGACAGCAUGCACUGGAGAGGAGGGGAGCAAGCCAAUCCCGACUCCCAGAAGGUGGCAGCUAGUGCUUACUGCUUUCUUCUCUGUGCCUGACACUUGACAUGCGUUGUUUCUAGUCCUUAAAACAGCACCAAAGCAGGACUUGCUAUUUCCACUUUAUGCAUGAGGACACAGAGGUCAGGGAAGACGGAGACAUGUACCACAGAGACAGUAGAACGAGGAUGCAAACACAAAUCUCUCUGACCCCAAAUCUAUUGCACCUGCUGUCAGAAACCCACAUCCAGAAGGGGCACCAAAGGCAGGAAGGUGGGGAAUCUCAACAGGAGUAUGCCCAUGUCUGAUCUGGGCUCUGCUCCCUGUGCCUGGGAAGUGCCAGGGCAGGGACCCAGCACCCCAGCCUCCUGAAUUGGUGCUCAGCCCUUGGCUCUCAGCAGCCCCUGAAUCACAGUCGACAAAGGACUUGGCGUCUCCCCAAUGAAAAGAACUGAGUGGACAUCACCAUCUCUCCAGCUCCUCGCAAGUGGCUUGGCUUCAUUUAGACAAUUUAGGUGUUUGGGUCAUUAAUGAAUUCCAUGAGUAUGGUCAGGAAGCUCAUGCGUUUAGGAGUCAACAUGUAUCAUUUAGACCUUGUUCUUUGUCCUCCAGAAGGUCCCCAUGAGCAUACACUCCUGCUUCCAUGUGAAUGCUGGCCUCAGAUGUCUGUAGGGCAUAUUGAAGUACUAAUCAUGGAGGGGUAGAGCCAUCUGGUUCUCAAACCAGUCUUGGGUUGGAACAGUUAGAAGAUCUGACUGACGCUAAGGUGGGCUGAAGUGAGGGGUGACAAUUGCCAGCAGGUGCAGCGGAAACUAUCAAGGGCGGGAGCCCACUUCUGCUCACACACCCUCUGGGACGCAGCAUCCCCAGGCCAGGUGGGAAAGGACCAAUCCAGACAAAUGCAAUCACACUAAUUCCUUUCUGUCCCUGGACAACAACACAGGAGGCUGUGCUGCUCUUUCCCCUCUUACAGACCACCCAGUGGAUUCCUCCAGUCCUCCUACUUCCCACACCUGUGUGUUCUUGGGAAGUCCCAGGAGACAUCAAGGAGCACAGGCUGGUGGGCACCCAGCGCUCGCCGCCCCUCCCACCUCAGGCACUUUCUCUCCACCUCCAGAGGCUCGGAAGGGGAUAAAGGCAGAUCAGGCCCUGAGCCCGCCGUUCAUACCCUAUAUCCACCACCUCCAUCCCAUGAGGAAAAAAAAAAAGUAAAACAAAAACAAAAAAAAUCUUUUGUACAGAGAUAUAUUUUUAUUAUACAAAGUUUGUACAGUACCAAAAACAGAAAAAAAAAAGGUGUACAUUUUUUUUCAUUAUUGUAGGUAAACGGUAGUGGAAGCCUUUUUUGUAAAUGUAAUAAAAUGUAUAAAUACGGUUUUCAGAAAAUAUCAAGUGCUGUAAAUAUGUAGUCUACACCCCUCCUUGGCUUGUCUGCAGUAUAUGCAUUUAAUUUAUCGGUCUCUGUAUAUGAGGCUCCCCUGGGGUUCUGCAUUAUGGUACUUUCCGGAAUUUGAAAGCAAUUUUAAAUUUUUUGAAUUCAAAUAAAAUAUAAAUUUUUGCA